AACGUAACGGCUAUAUUUUAAUUUUAAACUUCAAAAAUCAAAACCCUUUCGAAUCAAUUUCUACAUCUUCUCCGUUGACUCUUCUUCUUGCUUCACUUACCAAAAAAAAACUCUCUUCCGUUUCAAGCUUUCUGUGAGUCACUCAAUUCUCUCUCUCCCAAAACCCUAAAACACCCAGAAAAUCCCCAAAUCUCUCUCUCUUUCUCUCUAUUUGCAAAACAGGGUUAAACCCUAAUUCUUGAAUGGGUUCUUCUACACCUUCAUCCAAAUCAAAUCAAAGCCACCAAUCAAAGACCCCCCAAUCCAAACGCCUCAAUUUUCAUAUACCCAAACCAUCGCCAAAUCCGAACUCCGCAGUCAAAGAAGGCACACCAGCAGAGCACCCAGUGGAAGUAAUCGGCCGAAUACGCGACUACCCGGAUCGGAAGGACAAACCCAUCUCGGCAUUGCAGAUUAGUCCGGACAGCCAGUCUGUUAGGGUUCGUACUGACAUUGGGUAUCGCGAUUUUACCCUCGAUGGUGUUUCUUUGUCCGAGCAAGAAGAUCUUGAUGGGUUUUACAAGAAAUUCGUGGUAUCUAGGAUAAAUGGUGUGAAAUUGGGUGCAAAAUGCACAAUUAUGAUGUAUGGACCGACCGGUUCGGGCAAGAGUCACACCAUGUUUGGGUGUGCUAAGCAGCCUGGAAUUGUGUACAAGUCUCUGAGGGAUAUCUUGGGCGAAGAGAAUGAAGAAAGUGAUGCUGGUGAGCAGCGUUCUGGGGUUAGAACAUUUGUUCAAGUCACUGUUCUUGAAAUAUAUAAUGAAGAGAUUUACGAUCUGUUGUCAACCAACAAUGGUGGAGGAUUGAGUCUCGGGUGGUCUAAGGGCAGUGCUUCAAAGGUUAGACUGGAAGUGAUGGGAAAGAAGGCAAAAAAUGCAGCCUUUAUAUCUGGAAAUGAAGCUGGAAAGAUAUCAAAAGAGAUCCAGAAAGUUGAGAAGCGGAGAAUUGUUAAAAGCACACUGUGUAAUGAGAGAAGCUCUAGAAGUCACUGCAUGAUAAUUCUUGAUGUCCCGACAGUGGGAGGACAACUUAUGCUUGUUGACAUGGCAGGAUCUGAAAACAUUGAGCAAGCUGGUCAAAAUGGUUUUGAAGCUAAAAUGCAGACAGGAAAGAUAAACCAAGGAAAUAUAGCAUUGAAGAGAGUGGUUGAGUCCAUUGCAAAUGGUGAUUCUCAUGUGCCAUUCAGAGAUAGCAAGUUAACUAUGCUUUUACAGGAUUCCUUCGAGGAUGAUAAGUCAAAAAUUUUGAUGAUACUGUGCGCUAGCCCAGAUCCCAGAGAAAUACACAAGACAAUCUCCACCUUGGAAUAUGGAGCAAAAGCAAAAUGUAUUGUCCGUGGACCUCAUACACCAACAAAGGAAAAAAUUGGCGGUGAAGAUUCUUCAUCGGCACUUAUUCUAGGAUCCAGGAUUGCAGCUAUGGACCAGUUCAUUUUCAAGUUGCAAAUGGAAAACAAGCUUAGAGAGAAAGAGCGCAAUGAAGCUCACAAAGAGCUUGUUAAGAAAGAAGAAGAGAUUUCUUCCCUGAGAGCUAAACUUGAAAAAGUAGAAGUAAAAGGAUCGGGGACAAGCGAAGAAGUGAUUAAUUUGAAGGUGAAUGAGCUGCUGAAACAAGAGUUGGAGAAGAAAAUACAGGAAUGUCAGAAAAUGGCAAAUGAGUUUGUUGAAUUGGAGAGGAGGAAAAUGGAAGAAAGGAUAUGGCAGCAGCAACAGGAAGUUGAAAUGCUGAGGCGGCGUUUGGAGGAAAUUGAGUCCGAGCUAUACCGUUCAAGUAAUGGAAACGGUAAGGGAAAUGGGUCGAGUGACAUGGAUGGAAGCAGCUUUGCCAGAAGGCUACUAGAUCUUUAUGCUGAGGACGACCCAGGAAUGGAGAAAUCAAUGGAUCUGGACAAAUCAAUGGACUUGGAAAUCAGUAAACAAGAGCCUUUUGUUCGUGAUGUGAAAUAUUUUGAUGGUGCUGCUCAUAAAUCAGACAACAAUACUAACCAAGCCAUAUGGAACCAGAGCAAUCUAAACAGAUUGAAUAAUGAAGAGGUUCAAGAUGUAGUUUCCCCGACAUUUCCCAACAAAGUAUCUUUGAGCACUGUAUUUGAGGAAGGAGAAGAAUUAGAAGACAACGAAGAUAAAGAGAAAUCAGAGGAUGAAGAAGUGCAGAAAGAAGUAAUAGAGGAGAAGACAGUGUGCUCUAGCAGCAUCAUUCAAGGCUGCAAAUCUGGGCUCAAUUUCAGUACAGGGUCUUUUGCUCCACCGUCUGAGAAUUUCAUUGCAACACCAAUUGCAUCUUCUCAGAAAUUUGAUUAUUUCAGAGAUAGAUCAGAGGAGAAGCAUGCGGGUCUGGGAUUGAUAACUGAGCCUGAAAAUGCUAAAGACACAGCCUCUUCUAGGCGAUUAAGAAUUCAAAAUAUAUUUACUCUUUGUGGGAAUUAUAGAGAGCUUUCUCAGCAGAAUAGAACCCCGAUUCCCUCCAAAAAGAGGUUUGAUGAGUUUGCUCCUGUAUCAUCAAUUGAUGAAAAUGCAUUGGAGCCAUUUGCGAUGAACACAAUUCAGGAUACUGAUGAGAUUGUAUUGGAGUCAAAGGAGAACAACAAUCCAUCAAAUGAAAACACUGGUGAUCAACUUGAAGUGUACAUAAAAUGGGAGGCGGCAUCAAAGGAAAAAUCAGGGAAAUUCAUAACUACACUUAAAACUAUGAAAAAUUCAACCCUUGCUGAUUUACGGAAGCUGAUAGAAGUCCAUCUUGGACCAGAGAAUCAAGCAUUCACCUUUCUUGCACUUGGGGAUCCCACUGGAGCUCCAGUCCCUAGAGAGAAGGAAUUAACAUUCCUUGCAAGCAAACUUCCCAUUUGCAACAACCAGUUACAAGGGCACCUUGCUUGCUUGCGUCCAGUGAAGGGAGUCCAAUGCCCAACUCAUCUCCCAUUAAGCCCACUGGAAAACAAACUUCCGAUCACUCCUAAUGCGCAGCAUUACAUGAAGCAAGGUGAUGGCUUCUCACCCAAAGUAGCGCAGCACUUAAGUUCUACUCCCUUUAUUACUGUAAGGAGAUAUUAGUUGCCGUGUCUAAACUUGACUGUAUGAGUGGUGUUCAUCUAUAUACUUUUGAUAUAUAUCAUGCUCAAGUAUUUGAGUUUAGUGCACUCUGAGUAUAUAAAAUGUGUGUACUCCAGUGCAUGCACAGACAUCUUCCGUCUUAAGGGUGUGACAUGAUAUAGCGCAACUUUGUAUUACAACUAUAUGAUAUAUGCCAAUAUGUUCUUUUGGUUA